CUCACACCGUGAAUCAAAACCUAUUUCUAAUCUUUCCAAUCAUGAAAAUAUUUUAUCCAUUUUUUUAUUUUUAUGUUUUCACAAGCCUAGAUAGCUCACCAUUCUUCGAACUAGUAUAAUAAUAAAACGUGAAUAGGUGCUUCUUUUUUAACUGUAUAUUUAAAGAAGAAAUGAGGAAAUAAUAUAAAACAAAAAAUGCAGGACGAAAUAAGCAAUACUAUGGACACUCUUACAAAUGCCGCUGAUUAUACUAUUAGCGGUCUCAUAAACACCUUCACAAACUCCCAAGACGAAAAGGAAGAUGACCAAGAAAAAUUCGAGUACACAGACUCGAUACAAAACUACAAUUCUAACGAGGAUGAAAGUGGACCUAGUACUUCUGGUACUUCGAAACGGAAACAACGACGUUAUAGAACUACUUUUUCGAAUUACCAACUGGAAGAGUUAGAAAGAGCAUUUCACAAGACACACUAUCCGGAUGUCUUUUUCCGUGAAGAACUGGCUCUAAGAAUAGAUCUUACAGAAGCUAGAGUUCAAGUGUGGUUCCAAAAUAGGAGAGCUAAAUGGAGAAAGCAAGAGAAGUCUUUCAACAAAAAUGCAAAUAUUUCUAAUGCUAGUAUAAGUGUACCUGUAAGUCUGCCAGCAUGUUCCCCAUCGAUGGAAAGUUCUCUGCUGAAUUUCUCCAACGUAGAUCAGAACAGCGCCACAAACAUGUUUCUGGGACUUGAAUGGCCACUGUCCUUCAACAACACCAACAACAGUAUCAAUGUCGAUAACCAGUCAGUCACCACAGAAAGUUGUGAUAUCGAUAAUCAAAUGAACGAUAGAAUUAAUGAUACCAUACUAAUAGCAGAUAGAAUAACAAAUUCAAUCCAAUCGAAUCUCAUGGAAGAAAACAUCUUACUUACCGACGAACUUGGAGAAAGGAUGGAAGGGAAUCUCACUCUCAUGUCAUCUGAUCAUAGCGAUAUUGCCAUUGAUCCAGAUCUACUGACUUUAAAACCAAACAGGAAUAUGAUGGGUAGUGAAGAAAAUUAGUUUAUGAUCACUUUAUUGUCAUCAGUAAAUACAGGGUGUCCGCAAAGUUGGGGUUUUCCUUUACACGACGUGUAGAUCUUGAAAACAUAAGCAAUUUUUCUUAAUACCAUAUACACCAAUGUCUUAAGGGAACCGAGAUAAAGGGCUCUGCAACAUCAAAAAUAUCUGAAUACCGUCCUGUAGCCGCGACCCGCCGCGAUCUCCCCGACUGGUACAAGGUCUCAACCCGACGGCAGAACUGGGUCGGGGUCAGUGUGCAACCUUCAACCGACGGUUACGGUCACGCGUGUAGAGG